AAUGUGAGUAACUUGCACACUAAAGUCUGUGUCUGUAUGAGCAGUAGCUGUAGUACGAUGGCUGGAGGACACUGGCUGCUGCAGAUCCUGCUGCUUCUGGCGGUUACCCUGCACAACAAGGGGACUAGAGGACAGAUCAGCUUUGAAAGCAGCUGGCACUCAAGGCUACAGUUAACAUUCACAACUUCUCAGAGCACUGGGCUCCUUUUCCUGGCAGAUGGAGAGACACAAUACUUGAUAGUGGAACUGUUAAAUGGUACUCUAAGGGCUCGACUGGAAAGAGGUGUUGGAGAAUCCAUGCUAACAUCUUCAUCUGGACUCAGAUUAAAUAGCUUGGAAGACCACAAUGUGGAUUUGGUGGUUACAGAGACUCAAAUGGCUCUCACUUUUAAUAACUUUACCAGUUCAGUGGAUCUUCCAGGACCCCCCAAAAAGUUACACCUUAAGCAUGGCCUCUUUCUAGGUGGCAUCGGCCAAUCUAAGAUUGCUUACCUCAAUAAAGAGAUACCUAGGUUUCAUGGAUGUAUCCUAGAGGCAAAAUUUGACAAUGCAGACCUUCUCUCUAGCUCUUAUCCACUUGCAGAGUUCCAUGGAGAGCAGGAAAAUUGCCCUCUGGAAGAUAAGACUAGAUUUGCUGGGACUUUUAGUUUUCUUGGUCCACGGUCCUAUUUAAUGUUUUCUACUUGGAAUGUCAGCAACUAUGGUUCUCUUGAUUUAAUACUUAAGACAUCAAGGCCAGGUCGUGCCCCACUAAUUUACCAUUCAGGUUCUUUGAAAUCAUAUUUUUAUAUAGAAAUUGCUGGUGGUUAUUUACAUGGAACACUAGAUACAGGAGAAUCUGUUGUAACAAUUCAAAAUACGGUGUAUGUUAGUGAUAGUCAGCCACACAAAAUUCAGAUCUUAGUGGAUGAUUCAGAAUUUCAGUUGAAAGUAGAUAAUUUUGCCUCCAGGGUCCCAAUAUAUCGCCUUGGCUAUGGAUGGGAUUUACAAGGCAACCUUUAUUUAGGAGGAGUGGAUGACAUUACGCUAGCCAAAAUGAGGGAGGAUCCUCUGGGCCAUCUUUUCAUAGAUGAUAUGGAAUAUCGGUCCUUUACUGGAUGCUUCAGUGGUUUAAUGAUCAACUCAGUGAAAAUGAAAAUGCAAGAUGCUCUGACCAGCAAAGAUGUCACAGUUGGAUGCCAGGAGUAUGAGUAUGAUGACUAUACAGAAUAUGAAGAAGUCUCCACAUCAGGCCCCACCACAGCAAUUACCCUAAUGAACAGCACCACCACCCCAUUGCUUACUAGCAUUGAUAGCAUUAAGCAGCCAUGUAUCUUAAAUGCCAAAUUUCCCAAUUUGACUUCCUUGCUUAGCACUCAAACAUUGACUGUGAAAAGAGGUGGUACAUCUGUCUUGGAGUGGAGACAUAUCCAUCCUACAAUGGAACUGAGCCAAGUUGGUAUACGUCCUUCACAAGUGGUCUUUAGCGUGGUUAGCAGUGGUGAACAUGGGCAGGUAGAUCUUCAAAUUCCAGGUGCUGAUGCCAGAAGGAAGUUUACAUUGCUGGAUGUGACUAAUCACAGAGUGAGCUAUGUCCAUGAUGGAUCUCAUUCUUCUGAAGAUGAACUGAUUUUUGAGGUAUCAGUGCCAAGUGGGGUAAAAAUUUCAGAGUGUCUUAGGAAAGGCCAAAUAUAUCAUCUGCCUAUCAGUAUUUUACCUUCAUCGGCUGCUCCCAUCUUAGUGUUUCCCAAAGGGCAAACAGUGGGAAUACAGAAUCAUGGAAAGAGAAUACUAUCAACUGAUUUUAUUCAGGUCUCUGACAUGGACACACCCUGUGACCAGCUGACCAUCUACAUUAAUGAAAGUUCCCCAAAUGGCCAUGUGGAGCUGCAGUAUAAACCAGAUGGGACCAUACAUGAAUUUUCUUGCAGAGACUUAGUAGAAAGACAAGUAGUGUUUAUACACAAGUCUGGAACCCAAGCUCAACUCACACUCCAAGCAGGUGACAGGACAUCAAGAAGCUCUUCUGCUCUCCUUACAUUUUUUGCAUUUGAGCCAAAUGUCAGCAGAGUCCAUAACACAGGGCUAGUAGUUUCCCAGGGAUCUUCUGGUCUCAUCACUCCUUUAAAUUUUUCACUUAUAACUAAUGCAGAUUCCCUAGGGCUGGAGAUCUUGUACCAACUAACUUCACAUCCUAAGUUUGGGGAGGUGCAGAAAAUGGUUACAAAGGAUGAGUGGAAAAUGACAGAAAACUUCACACAAAGUGACCUUCAAAAAAGUAAAGUGAGGUACUUCAGCACAGUUUCUGAAAUGAUAGAAGAUGAGCUCAAAGAAGAACUGAUUAUUCAAGCACAGCUGGGGCAACAAAUUGUGAGCAAUCACACAUUUCUAGUCAAAGUGAAGAAUUCAAAUGAACAUAUGAUAAAAAUAAAUCCAUUAAGGGUAGGAAGGAGGCGCAAACUGAAGCUCACAAAAAAGGAACUGCAGGUUGACACAAGAGAACAAGAUAUAAACCUAGCAUCAAUCACUUAUAUGAUCCUGCAACCUCCAAGGAAAGGCAAUUUGGAACUUAAUGGACAAAGGCUUUCAGAAGGCUCCAGGUUCACCCAAGAGGAUCUGCAGAGUGGACGCCUAAGCUAUGCAUGUAUGAUCAGGAACACAAGGGAAACAGAGGACAAAUUUCUAUUUCGAGUGAUCUCUGGUAUUCAGACUUCUCUUGUGCACACAUUCAAGAUUCAGAUUGGUGCAGACCCUGAUGCCCCUCAGCUAACAAACCAGCUUUUGCAUGUGCUUGAAGGUGGAGAAGAAGCCAUCACAUCAGAUCAUCUCUUCCUAAAGAGUGGCAACAGUGUCAACUUCUUCUAUGAGGUAAUUGAUGGGCCCCAGCAUGGGAUGUUGAUUCACAAGGGAAGCGAGAGGGCUGGAGAUCUCAGGGAAGUGGAAGUAACUGAGUUCACUAAUGACGACAUACUAAUGGGGCAACUUUUUUAUCAACAUGAUGGAUCAGAAACUAUGGAAGAUGAUAUCCCAUUUGUUGCCUCUAGACAACGAGAGGGAAGUGCUUCUGAUACCAGUGGAGAAGAAGAGGAGGAAGAUGAGGAGGUGGUGAGAGGUGUUUUCAGAGUGUCUAUUCAGCCAGUCAAUGACAACCCUCCCUUGCAAGUGGUGCAAAAGGUUUUUCAUGUGGUUCGUGAUGGACAUAAAUUACUAACUACCAAUGAUAUUGCAUUCUCAGAUUCAGACUCUGGAUCAACAGAUGCACAGCUAGUGCUGGUGAGAUAUGAGGUGCCUUUUGGCAGGAUUGUCUUUGUAGAUGAUCCAUCUCUACAAGUCUUCAGAUUUACACAGGAGGAUCUUAGGAUGCAUCGUGUCCUCUAUGUCCAUAAUGGGCCUGAUCAGGGUUCCAUUCAGCUACAGGUCUCUGAUGGGCUUCACCAACUCACCACUAUUCUAGAGGUUCAAGCAUCUGAUCCAUUCAUCCAUAUUGCAAAUAUCACUGUACUGAAUGUAAAACUAGGAGAGCAGCUGAUUCUUACAGCUUCUAGUUUUGGAUUGGAAACCAAUUUGGAUGUGCGUUCAGAAGAUGAAAUCAAGUAUCAUAUCAUAUCUCAACCCAGAUGGGGACAGAUUUUAAAGGGUGGGCAACGCAUGCAUAUGUUUUCACAACAAGAUUUAGUAAAAGGAAUGGUGGUUUACAGGUAUAUUGGAGACAGAAGCUAUAAGGAUAAUUUCAGGAUCUCUGUUGAAGUUAAUCAAGUUGUGGCUGAAGGUGAUGUUGAGGUACAAGUUGGCACUACCAAUCCAGAAGUGACUCUGAAAGUGAUAAAGAAUGAGAAAGUAUACGUUUUCCAGGGUGAAGCCGCAGAGAUAAAGCAUGAGAAUCUUAUGGUAUCUGGAAAGGGCAUAUUUCCACAUGAAGUUAUAUAUACUUUAAGUGACCCUCCAUCUUUUGGAUACCUGGUUUCCAUUAGUACAGAAUUGUCUUCUGAUGGAUCUCCAAGCCUGGACUCUAUCCAUACUUUCACACAGGAGGAUAUCAAUCAGGGAAAAAUCUUGUACCUACAUUCAGCUUCUGAAAUGAUUCCUGAUCACAUGACACUACAAGUAACUGCGGAAGGUGGGAAUUUACAAGAAGUAGAGGUGUUGCUUAUGAUUUUGCCUUUCCGUGUACCCCUGGAAGUAUCAGAAUUAAGGGUUGAUGAGGGAGGAGCAGCAGCCCUGUCCACAAGCACAUUGAAGAUCCUCAAUGAAUAUUUUCUGGGACUACACCUGGAAUUUUCAGUGCUAGUAUCUCCCAGCAGAGGGUGGAUUGUCAAUGCAGACAGGGAUAAUGCAACAACAACAAGUUUUAAUUGGAAUGAGCUGGAACAAGAACAGAUAUUUUACCAUCAUGAUGGAAGUGAGACUUUAAAUGACAGUUUCAUCAUCAUGGCAAAUGCUUCAGACAUCAAUCGGCACAGCCAACCAGUGACAAUCAAUGUGAGGGUGCAGCCAGUGAACGACGAGGUGCCGUAUGUAGUUGCCAACAAGGUUUUUAACAUUCUAGAAGGCUCAAUUGCCAACCUCUCCAGCAUUUACCUGCAUACAGUCGAUCCAGACUCUGCACCUAGCGAAGUGCUAUAUUCCAUACUGCCUCCAAUCAAUGGGGAGAUUAUUUUGAGGGGAUCUACUAGUGGAGUCACAAGCUUCUCUCAGGAACAGCUGGACCAAGGACAGGUGCAAUUUAGACACAAAGGGUUGCUGGAUGGUGGCUUCUAUUUUAUUGUUUCUGAUGGAGAGAACCAGUCAAGUCAGCAUUUCUUCCACAUCCAGGCCAUUGCCCUUACAAUCAUGAUGGAGACUAUUAAGAACAUUACUAUAUGCCCACACUCUCUACAGCCAAUUACUAGCCAGCAUCUAAAGGCAGUGACAAAUGAGAGAGAAGUAUCCCCCCACGAGCUGGUUUACCACAUUGACAAACCACCUCAGAUUGGACAGAUCAUGAGAUUAGAAAGCCCAGAGGCAGUUGGGAUCACCAACUUCACUCAGUUAGAGGUUGAUUCAGGGUCAAUAUAUUAUCAGCAUAUUGCAUCUACCACCCCAUUUUGGAUGACUCAGGAUUUAUUCACUUUCCAUGUGACAUCCCUACGUACAGUAUCUACACCUCAACACCUGAAUAUUAAAGUCUCAUUCCAGGGGCCUUGUCCCCUACUUCGCACCCAGCUUUGGCGCAAUACAGGGCUCCAAGUCCUAGAAGGGGGCUUCUCACCAAUCACUCGCUCCAUAUUGGAUGCUUCUAACCUCUUGGCAAACCUUAGCUCAUCCAACUACUCCUCCCAUGAUGUUGUCUUCUUAAUUACCAGCAUCCCUUCCUAUGGCCAUCUCUCUCUCAACGGUGCCCCGCUCAACCCAGAGCUCCCUCAUUUUAGGCAGUCUCACCUCGAGCAAGGAAGCCUCCUCUACACACACAAAGGGCCUGAGAUCCAUGAGGACAGUUUCCACUUUAAAGCCUUGCUGUGGCCCAAGUCUGAGGUCUUUCAUGAAUUCCCUCAAGAUUCCACUAUCUUUGUAAUUUCAGAGGCUCUUAAUAUAACCAUUAUUAGUGUACCCAAAUUGCCUCCUCAGAUUUCCCCACCUAGAGCACAUAUACAGGUAAAGCCUGGAUCCUUUAUUACCCUCACUACUGACCACUUGUUUGUAACAGCCCCUCAUAUUUCCCCAGAGAAGAUAGUUUAUACCCUUGUAAGUAUGCCACAUGGCAUCUCACUGGCACUUAAGAACAACCAAUCUGUUCCUAUAUCUAAAUUUACACAAGAAGAUCUUGUCAAGUUGCAGCUCAUCAUCUUAGCCAACUUUACUGCAGCUUCAGGGCCCAUUCAGAUGAACAUUACUGCUGGCCCUCAAUCUACUGCUCUAGAAUCACUUCCAGUGAAAGUGACCACUAUUCACAACACUAUCCUGGAGGUCCCACAAGCAUCAGGAAAGUCAGUGUUGACACUAAGGAACAUUCCAUUAAGUGUGGAAAGUACAGAGCAAGAUGUUUUGUAUAAGGUGACUAAGCUACCCAAUCAUGGUCAGUUAAUGGUAGGGCAGGUACCCGUUACAGAGUUUCUGGGACGGCAGGUAGAAGCCGGAGAAGUGUCCUAUAUUUUCACCCAUUUUUCCUCCUCCAGAGAUGAAUUUGAGUAUCUGGCCCAUUCCAGUACAGGAGAGGAAGCAAUGGGCUCUGUAACAGUGUUUGUUUCAGCCAUGGUAAAGUUAGGAGAUAAGGAACAGUGGCCAAGAGGGUGCACAGUGAAGCUAAGAACAGAUGUUCUAGAUGCAAGUGAGUUAGCCUCGCACACACAGAGUGUUCCAGAGUUCAAAGUUCUACGUCAACCCAGAGGAGGACGGCUAGUGAAGUUUCCCAGAAUAGGUGGUAAGCAAGAGGGAAUAAGCAUUAAUGGGUUUACUCAAAGUGACCUGGAAAAGGGGCUGAUUGGAGUAGAACUGUGGGAAGAUGGUCUCGAUGGAGCUGACAUGAGAGGGGAAAGGUUUCACUUGGAACUCAGUGCUAAGCAGGUGCCCUCUGCAAACAUUACAGUGAGAUUUUUUACAAUACCUUACAACUCCUCCUAUCCCUAUAGUGCUACAUUGCUUAGAUUCCCCACGCUAUUAGAAACAUCCUCACAUUUAAAACCAACAACCAGUCCGACUUCCUCUAAAAGUUUUAAAUUUAACACAAGUCUUAUACCAACCACGGAUCUAAUAUCAACAACUAGUCUACUGUCUACAUUAAGGAUUGAACCACAUUCAAAUCCAAUUCCCCCAACAAUCCCAACAACUUCAAAUUACUCUGAUAAUAUAACAGAUUUGUUUUCUUUAACAACAGAAAAUUGGAACUCAGCAGAAAAUUUCACUUUGAACACAACUCAAGAUGUUCCAGCCAACAUCUCUUGGAGUAUGGAAGUGCCCACAUCAUCCCCCAAAGGGGGCACCUUUCUUGCUUUUAUGGGUGAACACAUGUACAGUAUUGUGCUUCCUGUCUGCUUGGUACUCUUUCUGCUUGUUGCUGGCAUUCUUUUAUUUAUCUACCUGAUGCGUCGGAAAAGGAUGGGCAGGCACCAUGUUCAGAAAGCUACUACCUGUUAUACUAAACCAGAGAAUGGUGCUGCUGAACGUCAAACCUUUCGGCCAACUCAGCAAGAUAGGGACAUUCCUCUCUGCAAUAUUGAUGGACAAAGGAGUAAUGGGGCUGGAGGACAGAAUCAACCAGGCAGUCAGUACUGGGUGUGACCCAAGAUGAAGAUCUUUCCAAGAGUGGGCACUGAACACAGCAGACUUUUUUCCAAUUGACUCAUAAUGAGGAACAAAAGUAAAAGUAGAAUCCAAUUUCUACCAACAAUUGUACUAUGCAUCAAGGUAUUGUGGACCUAUAUAAGUAAAGAAAGAAUACAAGACACAUUGCUGUUCCUUUUGUGACAUAAGGGUCCGGCUGUGCCAGAUCCUUCUAUAAAUACAGUAGAUUCUGCUACUAAAUAUCGAUGCGUUUUAGUGCUGGGACUGAUAAAUCUAUUUUCUAUGGCAUCUUUUUUUAUUAUAUCUUGUACAGAAGGUACAUGGACACAUUGGGUUAUUAUGUACCUUGUGGAUGGUGCAGUUCUUUCAUCAAGACUUGACCAGAAGGGGCUGUCCUGUUUGUUAUCUGAACAAUUCUAAGCAUGGGGUGUAAAUAAUGUAGCUGUAACUACAUCUGCCUAUAUACCUACUGUAUAGAAUAUCCCUUACCAAAUACACUUUUUCCAUGCAUGUGCAUCUUGCAUUUCUUUGUAUUUCCCAUUAUUCAGCAAAUCUUUGUUUAUCUUUUUAUUCUAACCAAGUUUUUGUUAUCUUUUCACAGUUGUUCUUUAACUCAAACUGCUAACUUUUCUCUUUGCUCCUUUCAUAAUCAUCACCCACGUUUUAGCACUUGCCCUACUUUCAGCUAAAUGUGCGCCCCCACUUUCCUGUCUUUUCCCCCUCAUUAAUUCCUACUUUUUGUUCUCUACAUUCUCAUGAUGCCUUCUACCCUUUCAUUUUUGGUUCUUACCACUUAUUUCAGUAAGAAGCAUUAUUCUUUCAUCUCUGCAGCGCAGUGAUUUACAAUUUCAGUCCUCAGCGCACAUCUACAAACAAGAAUUUGAAGAUACCCCUUCUAAAGCACAGAGGUUAAUGAUUGUCAUUGCAAUCAUUUUGAUUGAGCUUGUUACUCUCGGGUAGCUAUUUGGUGACUUGUUGGUUUGCACUGAGGAAUAAAGCUUGCAAUCACUACCCUUUAUGGGAAGCUACUAUUGUAAGGUCAAAACGGCAGCCCUGUGUGUUAUUGUGCAGUAGACUCAGGUACAAACCAUUAGACUCUGAAAUGUAAGCAAUUCAAAUCAUGGUUCUCAUACUUUUUAACGGACACUGGCAGUGCUAGAGGAAUAUUAUUUAUUUUUGCAUCUCAAUCCUUAUACUGUAUAACUGCCAAAGGUAUGUCAUUAUAUAAAUGUAUAUCAUACUUUAUUUUGUGCUAUCCCAUGAGAUCUAUGCUUCUAAUCCUUAAUGUCAUCGAUAAUUCAUGUCUGCCCAUUUUAAUAAAAAGUUAUAUCUA